AUGACUGAUUUUAUGAUACAACGACAAUCUCAAAUUAUUCCAGUAUCUGAUGAAAUAAUUAGCCGUCUAAUCCUAAAAGUAACUGGUCACGAUAUGAAAGAAAAACAACGAAUCAUUGAAGGUAAUGAUAGUGAAGUAUAUGAUGUAAAAAUGGUCAAUGAUGAACAUGUUAUUUUAAAAGUGCAUCGUUUUGGUGAUGUUCUCUAUAAUCAAGAAGUAUGGGCAAUAAAUGAAUCUCGCAAACACGGUGUACCUGUACCACAAGUGUUAUUUGUAGGACAAGAAAUGAUCAAUAAUGAACUGCGAGACACUAUGAUAUUAGAAAAAGUGAUUGAUGAACGAAAUUUAGGCAAAAAUGAUAUUGUUCGCGUUUUAGAACAAGCUGGUGCCAUAUUGAAAAGAAUUCAUUCAGUUAAGGUUCAUGGUUAUUGGCGGUUGCAUCAUGAUAAUCAAUGGGAUUUUGAUUCUUGGAUUGACUAUGUGAAGUCAUCAAUCAAAGAUAGAACUGAAGACAAAGAGGCACUGUUUAAUGUUGAUUUCAUUGAAGAAGAUUUCAAAUUCAUCAUAAAAUGUCAUGAUCUAUUUAUGAAUACCUAUGAAUGUCACCAACCAGUUCUAUGUCAUGGUGAUUACACUCCUGAACAUUGGUUUGUUGAUGAAAAUUUAAACAUAACAGGUAUUAUUGACUUUGGUGAUAUGCAAGGUGGACCUGUAACGACGGAUUUCGCUAUUUUUAAGAUGAACGAACCACAAUUAGAUAUUAUUUCAUUAUUAAGAGGUUAUCAUGGCAUAGAGAAUUCUUUAAUUGACAAAGAUUUUAGUCAACAACUUGAUCUUCAUACAUUAAUUAUAUUAGUUGGCUAUUUGAUACAUUUUGUAAAGCAAAAAAAUACACAAGAAAUUAAUCAAACACGCGAUUUACUUAAGGAAGCUAUUGAAAACUUACGGCAACAAUAUUACUAA